AUGUCUGCCGACCCAACUGCACCGUCAGCUGUCGACCUGGAUGAUGAGCCGUAUGAUUCGGCCGAGGAUGAAGAUUUUCAGCUCGACGCGGCGCAAGACGGAUCUGAGCUGUCCUCGUCCGACGAUGAACCUGCCGAACCCGCGAAGAAGAAGCGCAAGACUGAGAAGCAGGAUGAGAUCACUGCAGAAGACCUAGACUCUGGCGACGAAGCUACGAUUCAGAAGGCACGGGACAGGCUGAAUAAGAAAAAGAAGACGAAGAAGCAGGGCAAGGGGAAAACUGCUGCCAAUGAUGAAGAUGUUGAUUUCGACGAAGAUGAAGGGGGAACCGGAGGCUUUGUGCGGACACGCGCGAUGAAAAAGCAUAUACGGGAGGAGGAGGAGGAGCGCAAACCGUUGGCCCGAAUUGACGGCGCGACCGUGGAUGUCGACGCCCUGUGGGCGCAGAUGAACGCUCCCGACAGUCAUAUGGGCUUGCAGCCGCCCCAGACCGAGCUCGACGACGACAUGACCCCAGACGAACCCGAGCACGCCACCGAUACGAACAGGCAGAACCAGGCUGCCCCAGAGCCGGAGGAUAGCGCGCGCCAUGGCCAGCACGGCGAGCAGAUGAUCAAGAUCAAGCGCACGUACAAGUUUGCGGGUGAGAUGAUCACUGAGGAGAAACUCGUGCCCAAGGACUCUGCCGAAGCCCAGGCGUUCCAAUCCAGCGGCGAAACCGUGGAGUUCGCGGAGGUGGAAAAUGCCAAUGGCGCAGUCAGUGCUCGCAACUUGCGCCGGCCGCUCCGCAAGGUCUCGCGGUUUGACCCUAACCCAACCGGGUUGAUCAAAAAGAGCUGGGAGAAGCAGGCUGCUGCAGAGCUUGCGACGGACGCAACCGGGCCCAAGAUCAACACCGUGGAGAAAUCCAGACUCGAUUGGGCCCAGUAUGUGGAUCAGGCGGGGAUCAAGGACGAAUUGCGAACACACAGCAAGGCCAAGGAGGGCUAUAUGGGCCGUAUGGACUUCCUGGGACGUGUGGAUGCCAAGAGGGACGAAGAAGCUCGACAGGCCCGUCUCAAGGGCAUUUGA